CAACCAGGAAGUCCAAGCCACAAUGAUCCUGCCAAGAAUCCACCAGUGUACCUUGAGGACAGUUUUGUAAAAUCUGGUGUGUUCAACGUGUCAGAACUUGUGAGGGUGUCCAGAACACCCAUAACCCAGGGAACUGGAGUGAAUUUCCCAAUUGGAGAGCUUCCGAGCCAGCCAUAUUACCAUGAUAUGAAUUCGGGUGUAAAUCUACAGAGGUCCUUGUCCUCUCCACCAAGCAGCAAAAGACCCAAAACUAUCGCCAUAGAUGAAAAUAUGGAGCCAAGCCCGACAGGAGACUUUUAUCCUUCUCCAAAUUCACCAGCUGCGGGGAGUCGGACAUGGCAUGAAAGAGAUCAAGAUAUGUCUUCUCCUACAAUGAAGAAACCUGAAAAGCCUUUGUUUAGUCCUACUUCUCCCCAGGAUUCUUCACCAAGACUGAGCACUUUUCCCCAGCAUCACCAUCCAGGAAUUCCAGGAGUUGCACACAGUGUCAUCUCAACUAGAACUCCACCUCCACCUUCACCAUUGCCAUUUCCAGCACAAGCUAUUCUCCCUCCUGCCCCAUCUAGCUACUUCUCUCAUCCAACGAUCAGAUAUCCUCCCCACCUGAAUCCUCAGGAUACUCUGAAGAAUUAUGUACCUUCUUACGACCCGUCCAGCCCACAGACUAGCCAGGUACUAGGGGAUGGAUAUUUGGUUGCCAAGAUACCUGGCCAUUUUACUCCAGUUUUGGCACCCUCUCCCCAUCACAGUGCGGUGCGACCUGUGACCCUGACCAUGACAGAUACUAAACCCAUCACUACAUCCACUGAAGCCUACACAGCCUCAGGCACAUCCCAAGCCAAUCGAUAUGUGGGACUAGGCCCAAGAGACCCAUCCUUCCUACACCAGCAACAGCUGAGAAUUUGUGACUGGACCAUGAAUCAAAACGGCAGGCAUUUAUACCCCAGUGCCAGUGAGGAUACAUUGGGAAUUACUUGGCAAAGUCCUGGUACCUGGGCUAGCUUGGUUCCUUUUCAAGUUUCUAAUAGGACACCGAUCCUGCCAACAAAUGUCCCAAAUUAUGGUUUGAACAUAAUUGGAGAGCCUUUCCUUCAAGCAGAAACAAGCAACUGA